CAUGUUCAUCAACCCUAUAUUCUACCAUUAUACCUAAUUAGUAGUAAAGUGAAAUAAAGAAAGAAUGUCAGGGUCACAGGGAGCGUUGCCCAAGGAGUCGAGGACUACAACAACAUAUGAAUCAGUGCAGGGAGGAGAGAACAAGAGCAAGACGGAGCUGAGGUCCAAGGAGGAUGAGGGUGGCAUUCAGGUUGACAGACUGGAAGACAAGGUCAGAGAUCCUGGUGGAGAAGGUGGCCCUGUCUUUGGCAAUCCCUCUCCCGACCAUGACGGCAACCAAGAUUUGGGCGUUACCGGCACAGCCUAGCU